UUCACACAACAACCUCAGUUUUCUCAACUAUGUCUUUUAGUUUCAACAACAACAACAACCUUUUCAAUACCAAUAAUAAUAACCUUAUUAGUACAACCUUUGAUAUUGCAAAACUUGUUGGAACUUCUCCUCAACUCAAAACUCAUGAUGAUGAUGAUGAUAAUUUUGAACUUGAUGAAGUGAUUUAUAACACUUGUUCUUCUGAUUUUCCACCUGGCUUUAGUCCUUCAGAGUUAUUGGAUUCACCUUCCUUUCUUUCUCCUGCCAAUAAUAUUCCUUCAUCUUAUACAACUGAGCCAUCUUGUGACCAAAUCAUCAACCAACAACAUAACAAGGAAUUAGAAGAGAGAAACUUCUCUGAGCUACCUUUUCAAACACAAAAACAAAACAUGCAUGAAUCUUUUCAAUCUUCAACAACUAUGUAUCAAGUGGAUGAGCCAGCAAAGAAACAUGACACAUUAACAUUCAAUGAAACCAAUGCUUCUAGUUCUAUGUCUAUCAAAGAACAAAGAAGAUCAGAAGAAGAUGGGUACAAGUGGAGAAAAUAUGGAGAGAAACAAGUGAAAGGAAGUGAAAAUCCUAGAAGCUAUUACAAGUGCACUAAUCCAGUUUGCUUGAUGAGGAAGAAAGUUGAAAGGUCUUUGGAGGGACAUGUUACUGAAAUAGUGUAUAAGGGAAGUCAUAACCAUCCUAAGCCUAUGUGUUCAAAGAGAAAAACAAGUUCUCAAUCUAUUCAUCAAGGCUUUUCAUCGAGCAACAAUUCGUUGAUUUCGGAUCUUUCUUUGGGAGAGGAUGAGUUUGAGCAAAUGUCUCAAACUAGUUUUUCUGGAGGAGAUUACGAUGAGUUGGGAAUCGAGGCCAAAAGAUGGAAGGGAGAAAAUGAGAAUGAUAGCUAUUGUUAUUCCACAGAAGGGAGUAGAACUGUUAGGGAAGCUAGAGUUGUGGUUCAAACUACAAGUGAAAUUGAUAUUCUUGAUGAUGGAUAUAGAUGGAGAAAAUAUGGACAAAAAGUUGUUAAAGGAAAUCCAAAUCCAAGGAGCUACUACAAAUGUGUAAUCCAAGGUUGUCCUGUGAGAAAACAUGUUGAGAGAGCAGCACAUGAUAUGAAAGCAGUGAUCACAACAUAUGAAGGGAAACAUAACCAUGAAGUACCUCUAGGAAGAGGAAGUUCAAGCUAUCACAUGAACAAAACAUCUCUUAACAACAACAACAUCACAUGUAAUGUAACCCCUAUAAGGCCUUCACCAGUGACUAAUUAUUCUAUCUUAUCAAAUUUCACAAAUGCACUUCAUGAUUCAAAGCUACCAAAUUCUGGAACUCAAGUACAACAACCUUUUCAGCUAGACAUGAUGCUGAAUUCUACAAACCUUUCGGACAAAUCAACCGGAUCAAAUGUAGAUUAUGAACAAUACUCGGCUAAGGAUAACUCGUUCCUUCAGUCUUUUUUGUCGAAGAAUUUAUAAUUUGAAAAUCAAACAUCAUUCGUCACUCAGAAUCCUUUACACUUAUUAAGUCGGUGUAAACAAAUCUCAUCGAUUAGUUUGAAUUGAUUUCAAUCUAACGGUCCAGAUUUUGCAACACCGACUAAAUAAACGCAAGGGAUUUAUGUUUUACAUAUCAUUGAUAUGUUUUUGUAAAAUAUAUAGAAAAGGAAGUAACCAUAAGCAUAUACUAAUUUAGUUCAAUCUAAGAAUAACAUAUUUAUAAAAUAUGUUGGAUGACUAAUUCUAUUAUUAUUUUGUUUAGAAUGAAAUAAAAUAUUUUCUUGUGCU